AUGAGGCUGGUAAAGCCGACAGGUACACCGUGCAAGAAGUAUGACGACUUGGUUGCGGCUGAGGACAAUGAUCAGGCAAAAGUGUAUAACGCACAGUAUUCGGAGAUGUUCCAAGUGCUUGGAGAACAAACUGGAAUCGCUAAUUUCUCUUAUCAAAAUAUCAACAAGAUUUAUGAUAUUCAACGAGAAUUACUUCAUGGGAUGACAGAGAAACAGCCGUCAUGGGUGUUCAAAUACUGGCCACAAUACAACAAUCGAAGUACUAUGGACAUCGUUACUGAACUGCGUACGAUACGCAUGAUCACCAAAUUCAACUCCACUGAGAAAGCCAAUGUACGGAUCUACUUUUUCAUUCACUAUCUCUAG